AUGGCGAACGCGACGACAUCCGGUGACCUGCAACUCGCAGCAGCCGCUGCUGGGUUCUCUCUUGGCUUCGGGCUCUUGACUGUGGUCCGCGCCUACAAGCAGACGAGGGCGAAUCGAGCUCCUUCCCGGAGCGUGUAUAUCUAUAUGCUCUGGGGCGAGAUCCUGGCAAAUCUUAUCCUUGGAAUCUUGACAUGGCUCUAUCUCAAGGACGUUGUAAAGACUACGCCAACCCUCCUCUUCUUCAUCCUUGUCUUCUACGCACUGGAAGUGCAACUCUUGAUGCAAAUCAUCAUCAAUAGAAUUGCCGUCAUCGCAGAACGGAGACCUACUGCAACGAAACUCAAGAUCGCAACAGCGGUCAUCAUCUCGUGCAUCAACAUCGCGGUGUUCUGCAUUUUCAUCCCAAGCCAUAUGAUGCCGCCGGUGAACCAAACAUUUGUUCAUAUUAAUCGGUAUUGGGAUAGAUUAUCCAAGGUCUUGAUUAUGCUCGUCGAUGCCUUUCUCAACUGGUAUUUCGUAUUCACCGUGCGGGCGCGUCUCGUCAAAUAUCAUGGACUCAGAAAGUACAAACCACUUGUCUCUUACUAUACCCGCUUAGGCCUUGUAUCCGUAGCUAUGGAUCUCAUGCUCAUUGGACUCAUGUCAUUGAGAAACCAUACACUCUUUGUGCAGUUCCAUCCUGUUGCCUAUAUGGCAAAGCUCAAUAUAGAGAUGUCUAUGGCAGACAUGAUAGUCAAAGUCGCCCGAACAUCUGAAAACGACGUAAAGCCAAAAUCGACCUCUUUGGGCCUGUCUGGUGAGCAAUCACAAAGGCCACGCCAUCCACACGCGCUCCACGGCGACGACGAUGAUAUGCAUAUGGGUCCCAAAAACACUGCCGUAAUUGCCCAUUCGCAACCCGACCAUGCGCAACAGGAACACAUUCAAGGUAUAUCUCGUCAGAGAGAUGUGCAAGUCUACGUUGGAGAUUCAGAUAGCGACUUCCGCACUGAGAGUAUUGAUAAUGGCAAAGGACGGAAUAGGAGCAGGAAAAAUUCAUAUGAGUCGCAGGUCCCGCUGAAGGAUCUUGGAAGGCUGACAGAAGCUCGAUGA